GGAGAGGUAGCUUCUUCGUGGCAAGGAGCGCUUCUGAUAUCGACCCUGUUAGGGUCUAUAAGAAACAACCAGGGUCCCACAGCUGUGUGGGCAAGGAGGUGUCUCUUCCCGAUCUUUCACUCCGGGUUUAGUAAUUUCAAGAUGCAAUUUGUAACUAUUAAAUCAUUUGUGAGCCCUUUAAAGGGAUUCUUGAUAUUGCCAUCAGCAACCCAAGAAAAGAAAAGUGACACCAUCAGUUGCGAAUUAGAUGACAAACCACGAUUGUACGUCAUUGGCAGCAUAGGACAAGUGAACCAGAAAAUUUCCCACUUAGAACUGGGUCUGAAAAGAUAUGACAGUAGUGAAGAUGUGAGUAAAGAAAUCUUAUCAGCACUUGAUACAAGGAAUCCCACUGUGUUUUUUCUGAUGCUGCUUCUAAAUAAUGGAUGCUUGGUCAAAGUUCCUGAAGAAUGCUCAGGUUUUAACAGAAACUCAGUGUUAAAAGAAUUACAUGAUAGACCUUGUAGGAAAUUAGUGCCUAACCACCCUUUUCCAUUAUUUUUCUCAUUGAAGGUGAUUGGGCAAAUGGGGCUCAAGAGACGCAAGGCGUCCAGAAAAGUAUCGAGAGCAGUUAGGGCAAAAGAGAGAGACCAGAAGGUGAUGCAGAAGUCUGGAAAGCAUGCUACAGAGAAAAUAGCUCAGAAAAAGAUGGUAACAGAAAAGGAUAAACUUGUGGAAUUAUAUCAAUACCCAGGAUACUGUAAGGAGAAACCUACACCAUUGCCAAAUGGAAUAGAGCUGAGUGAAAUUUUGGGGAAGGUGAUUCGUGCCCAGGGUAAAACACCAGUUGGUAAGACACGCUGGGCUGCAAAGAUGCUGCAAAAGUUUCUCGAUGCACCAUGUAUCCAAGCUAUUUUGCUGGACAGUUUCUGGUGGCAGUUUCUGCACUUGUAUCAUCCGAAUCAAGAGAUUCAGGGACUUUUGUUCGAACGCAUUUCAGAAAAUUAUUCUCGUGUUCUGUUUGGCUGUCACAAGGUUGCCAAUCAGGAACACAUCCUUACACUUUUCCCUUCACUGCUGAGUCAAGCUGUGUACACCUGCUUCUGCUACUGUUUCUCAAGGUCCUGGUUCAAUACACAUGAAUUCAAGGCCGGGCUCUGUGAUGUAUUCUCCGAGUGGCUGCGAGGUAGCUUGAAUGCACCUGGGAGUUAUACUAAAUGGGAUUAUUCCCAGCUGGAGCCAGAGCGAUCCAGAAGAGAGGAUUUGCUGUCCGGAAAAGGGAAAUUAGGAACUGGCUGUGAUAUUUCAUUUAUCAACUAUGCAUUACCUGGUACUACACGGAAGCAUCCAUCGAAAUCCCAAAAGGUAAAAGGUUAUUUCAUUUGCAAGCAUCAGUAUAGGGGAAGGAGCUGUAAGCAUGGAUCCAUUAAAAAAGUCAAGAAGUCUGUCUCCAGGAAAAAAAUUAAAAAGGAGUUUCCUUUGGAAGAAGAGACAGCUUACAUAACAACUGAGAAGCUUUUUCUCCCUCCUCAACCCCUAGAAAAAAUGAAUCUAUAUUUUCAAUCUUUGAGGACUACAGAGGAUGAUGAGCAGAAUUUGUCAUACAAGCAUCAACGCCCAUUAAAAAAGAAACUGAAGAUUGCUUUGCUUCCUCGAGAGUCACACCCAGCCAGUUCUGGUCCUGAUUACACCUGGCAUCACCUGAAUAUUCAUGGUCACUGCCCACUAAUCCAGCACUUUCUUCAGAAGCGGAAUGCUGUAUCAAAGGCAGGAUGUGACAUAUUUUUAAGUAGGAGGGCAAUCUGCAAGCCAAUACCGGAUUCUGCCCAGACAUAUGCAGAAGUGAUCAAGCAAAGUUUUAAGAGCCUCCGCCAGAGGCACAAAGAUUUCAUGAAGACUUAUCGGAGACAACGGAGAGAAAUGAGGAAAUUUGAUCAAAUGUGCAAGUAUAACCUGUUGAUUUUCAGGCAAGAGAUGCUGGAAGAGAUGAAAAGGCAGGCCCAAAAGCAGAAAGAGUUGUUUUCUUGCCCAGAGGCACUGAGUUCUUCAGACAAGUUUAUGUGCCGCACCCCAAAAGUCACGUUCAACUAACUGACUUGUUAACUUACAUGUGGCCCUAGCAAUAAAUUUAGUUUUCUCUUUUUGAAAUGAA